GCUGCGCGACUAGGCCCCCUCGUCUCCACGUGAUUGCCGUCACUGCCUCCACGAAGCGUGAACCGCCAUCAUAAGUCCUGGCGACGGGGCCUGGUCCUUCUUCCCUCCCCCUUCUCCUCUUCCGCGGGGUAGAAGUGACAGGUUGGAGUUGUACUGCCCGCGUCCUGUCCGGCUAGUGAAGCCUUGGGUCGCCAAGAGCCGGACGAGAAAUUAAGACUCACGGACUCCGGGGCAGACUGACCGGCUGGCCCCUCAGGUGACGGCACGGCGGGGGCGGUGCCCAGGGCCGCGCCCCGCCCCUCGCAGGCCAGCGCCCAGAGCCCGCGGCCCGUGCCCGUUUCCAGUAUGGCCGCCCGCCGUGCUUGACCCGCGGCCUCUCCGCUUCGACUCUUCGUAGGCGAUGCUGAGGCCGAGGCCGUGACUGACACUCUCGCUCACACGCACGUACGGACCCAGACCCACGCCCGGAGCCCGAGCCCUGGGCCCGGAACCACUCUCGCCCCCGGCGCCGCGGUCAGAGCCCGGACCACGGCUCCCGUGCCGCUGCCGCCUCGCCGAGAAGGGCCGCGCCGGACCUCGAGCGCGGCGGCCCCCGGCCGGCAGGGAUGGGGAAGCGGGCUGGAGGAGGAGCAGCAGGAGUCGCCGCCGCCUCCACGUCCGCAGGGGCCGGUGUGGAGCCCGCGGCCAGCCGCGGCGGGGGCCCGCGGAGCGGGGCCGCCGGCCUACUGGGAGCGCUGCACCUGGUGAUGACCCUCGUAGUGGCCGCGGCGCGGGCCGAGAAGGAAGCAUUUAUUCAGUCGGAGAGCAUAAUAGAAGUAUUACGUUUUGAUGAUGGAGGACUACUACAGACUGAGACAACACUUGGACUCAGUUCGUAUCAACAGAAAAGUAUAUCUCUGUACCGGGGUAAUUGCAGACCUAUACGAUUUGAGCCACCAAUGCUGGAUUUCCAUGAACAGCCAGUUGGAAUGCCAAAAAUGGAAAAAGUUUACUUACAUAAUCCUAGUUCUGAAGAAACUAUUACUUUAGUAUCAAUAUCUGCUACAACAUCACAUUUUCAUGCAUCAUUUUUUCAAAAUAGGAAAAUACUUCCAGGAGGAAAUACGUCAUUUGAUGUAGUUUUUCUUGCAAGAGUAGUGGGAAAUGUAGAAAAUACUUUAUUUAUUAACACGUCCAAUCAUGGGGUAUUUACUUAUCAGGUGUUUGGUGUUGGAGUUCCAAAUCCAUAUCGACUGAGGCCAUUCCUUGGGGCCAGAGUCCCUGUGAACAGCAGUUUCUCACCUAUAAUAAAUAUACACAAUCCUCACAGUGAGCCUUUACAGGUUGUAGAAAUGUACUCUAGUGGAGGAGAUCUUCACCUAGAACUCCCAACAGGUCAACAAGGAGGCACCAGAAAACUGUGGGAAAUUCCUCCUUAUGAAACCAAGGGAGUGAUGAGAGCCAGUUUUUCAUCCAGGGAAGCAGAUAAUCACACCGCCUUCAUCAGAAUAAAGACAAAUGCUUCAGACAGCACAGAAUUUAUCAUCCUUCCUGUGGAGGUAGAAGUUACAACAGCUCCUGGAAUUUAUUCCUCAACUGAAAUGCUAGAUUUUGGUACACUACGAACACAAGAUCUACCAAAAGUUUUAAACCUUCAUUUAUUAAAUUCAGGAACAAAAGAUGUACCAAUAACAAGUGUUCGACCUACACCACAAAAUGACGCUAUAACGGUACACUUUAAACCAAUUACGUUAAAAGCUUCAGAAAGUAAAUAUACCAAGGUUGCAAGUAUUAGUUUUGAUGCAUCAAAGGCAAAAAAACCGUCUCAGUUUUCUGGGAAAAUAACUGUUAAGGCAAAGGAAAAGAGUUAUUCUAAACUUGAAAUACCAUAUCAAGCAGAAGUUUUAGAUGGUUAUUUGGGAUUUGAUCACGCUGCAACAUUAUUUCACAUCCGAGACAGUCCUGCUGAUCCUGUGGAAAGGCCAAUUUACCUUACGAACACUUUCAGCUUUGCAAUCCUCAUUCAUGAUGUAUUGCUACCAGAAGAAGCCAAAACAAUGUUUAAAGUUCACAAUUUCAGCAAACCAGUCUUAAUUCUUCCAAAUGAAUCAGGAUACAUUUUUACUCUGUUUUUUAUGCCAUCCACAUCAUCCAUGCACAUAGAUAACAAUAUUUUACUUAUUACCAAUGCUUCUAAAUUUCAUUUACCUGUGCGGGUAUAUACAGGAUUUUUAGAUUACUUUGUAUUACCCCCUAAAAUAGAGGAACGUUUCAUAGAUUUUGGCAUAUUGAGUGCUACAGAAGCAAGUAACAUUUUAUUUGCAAUUAUAAACAGCAAUCCAAUUGAGUUGGCCAUAAAAAGUUGGCACAUCAUAGGAGACGGUUUAUCGAUAGAACUUGUAGCUUCUGAAAAAGGCAAUAGAACUACAAUAAUUUCAAGCCUUCCAGAAUUAGAAAAAUCCUCUUUAUCAGACCAGUCAUCAGUAAUAUUAGCUUCAGGCUAUUUUGCAGUGUUCAGAGUCAAACUUACUGCAAAAAAACUGGAAGGGAUUCAUGAUGGAGCCAUACAGAUCACCACAGACUAUGAGAUUCUAACAAUUCCCGUGAAGGCUGUAAUCGCAGUGGGUUCACUGACUUGCUUCCCAAAACAUAUGGUUCUUCCACCUUCCUUUCCAGGGAAAAUAGUUCAUCAGAGCUUAAAUAUUAUGAACUCCUUCUCACAGAAGGUGAAGAUACAACAAAUACGAUCUUUGUCAGAAGAUGUGCGAUUUUACUACAAACGGUUACGGGGCAAUAAGGAAGACUUAGAGCCAGGAAAAAAGUCAAAGAUUGCAAACAUUUAUUUUGAUCCUGGACUGCAGUGUGGGGAUCAUUGCUAUGUUGGCUUGCCUUUUCUAUCCAAAUCCGAACCCAAAGUACAGCCUGGUGUAGCCAUGCAGGAAGACACCUGGGAUGCUGACUGGGAUUUGCAUCAAAGCCUGUUCAAAGGAUGGAUGGGAAUAAAGGAAAAUUCAGGUCAUAGAUUGAGCGCUUUAUUUGAAGUAAAUACAGACCUUCAAAAAAAUAUACUGUCAAAAAUCACUGCUGAGCUCUCUUGGCCUUCUAUAAUUAGCUCCCCCCGGCACUUGAAAUUUCCACUUACUAAUACAAACUGCUCCUCAGAAGAAGAGAUUACUUUAGAAAAUCCUGCAGAUGUUCCUGUCUAUAUACAAUUUAUUCCUCUAGCUUUAUAUUCCAAUCCUUCAGUCUUUGUAGAUAAGUUAAUAUCAAGGUUUAACUUGAGUAAGGUUGCAAAGAUAGAUUUAAGAACACUAGAAUUCCAAGUCUUCAGAAACACUGCUCAUCCACUGCAGAGUUCAACAGGAUUUACAGAAGGCCUGUCUCGACAUUUAAUUUUAAACCUAAUUUUAAAACCUGGAGAAAAGAAAUCUGUCAAAGUAAAGUUUACUCCAAUUCACAACAGAACUGUUUCUUCACUAAUCAUAAUCAGAAAUAACCUGACCGUGGUGGAUGCUGUGAUGGUCCAAGGACAAGGAACAACUGAGAACUUGAGAGUAGCAGGCAAACUUCCGGGUCCAGGGAGUUCCUUACGCUUUAAAAUCACAGAAGCAUUAUUGAAAGACUGUACAGAUAAUUUAAAACUAAGAGAACCAAAUUUCACAUUGAAAAGAACAUUUAAAGUAGAGAAUACAGGACAACUUCAGAUUCACAUAGAAACCAUUGAAGUCAGUGGGUACUCAUGUGAGGGAUAUGGCUUUAAAGUUGUUAAUUGUCAAGAGUUUGCACUAAGCGCCAACGCCUCUAAAGACAUAAUCAUAUUGUUUACUCCUGAUUUCACAGCUUCUAGAGUUAUUCGUGAACUGAAGUUUAUAACAACCAGUGGCUCUGAAUUUGUAUUUGUAUUGAACGCAUCCCUUCCAUACCAUAUGUUAGCAACCUGUGCAGAAGCCCUACCCAGACCCAACUGGGAGCUGGCUCUGUACAUCAUCAUCUCAGGAAUAAUGAGUGCUCUGUUUCUCUUGGUAAUUGGAACAGCCUAUUUAGAAGCUCAAGGAAUUUGGGAGCCAUUUCGAAGGCGACUAUCCUUUGAGGCCUCGAACCCACCCUUUGAUGUGGGAAGACCAUUUGAUCUCAGGAGAAUCGUUGGUAUUUCGUCUGAAGGAAACUUGAACACACUCAGCUGUGACCCCGGUCACAGUAGGGGGUUCUGUGGAGCAGGCGGCUCGUCAUCCCGGCCCAGUGCAGGGAGUCACAAGCAGUGUGGCCCACCGGUCCACCCACACAGCAGUCACAGCAAUAGAAACUCAGCUGACGUGGAAAACGUCAGAGCCAAAAACAGCUCAAGCACUUCUAGCAGGACUUCUGCACAAUCUGCUAGUAAAGCAAGCCCCCUUGUCUUAGAUUCAAAUGCAGUGGCCCAAGGUCACACAGCAGGCAGAAAGUCCAAAGGGGCAAAACAGAGCCAGCACAGCAGUCAGCACCAUGCCCACAGCCCACUGGAGCGGCACUCUCCACCUCCACCGCCACCACCAGUGCCUCAGCACCAGGAACCGCAGCUGGAAAGGCUGUCACCCGCCCCCCUCUCGCACCCUUCCCACCCAGAACGUGCCAGCAGCACAAGGCACAGCUCAGAGGACUCAGACAUCACCAGUCUCAUAGAAGCCAUGGACAAAGACUUCGACCACCAUGAUUCCCCACCCCUAGAAGUGUUUACAGAGCAGCCGCCAUCACCACUGUCCAAAAGCAAAGGGAAAGGAAAACCUCUUCAGCGCAAGGUGAAACCACCUAAGAAGCAAGAGGAAAAGGAGAAGAAGGGAAAGGGAAAGCCACAGGAAGAUGAACUGAAAGACUCCUUGGCUGAUGACGACAGCUCCUCCACCACCACAGAGACCUCCAACCCAGACACAGAGCCUCUCCUCAAGGAGGAUACAGAAAAGCAAAAGGGAAAACAAGCCAUGCCUGAAAAACAUGAAAAUGAAAUGUCUCAAGUGAAGCAAAAAAGCAAAAAACUCUUAAAUGUUAAGAAAGAAAUCCCAACAGAUGUGAAACCCAGUUCUUUAGAGCUCUCCUAUACUCCCCCACUGGAAAGUAAACAACGCAGAAAUCUCCCAACCAAGAUUCCUCUUCCAACUGCAUUGACAAGUGGAUCCAAAUCACGAAAUUCCCAGAAAACAAAAGGUACAAAUAAGUUAGUGGAUAACAGGCCACCUGCCCUAGCAAAAUUCCUCCCAAAUAGUCAAGAACUAGGCAACACCAGUAGCUCAGAGGGUGAAAAAGACUCUCCACCACCGGAAUGGGAUUCUGUGCCAGUUCACAAACCCGGCAGCUCUACCGAUAGUCUUUAUAAACUUUCUCUGCAAACCCUCAAUGCAGACAUUUUCUUAAAACAACGCCAGACCUCACCGACACCUGCCUCUCCUUCUCCCCCCGCCGCCCCCUGCCCGUUUGCAGCCCGGGGCAGCUACAGCAGCAUCGUCAACAGCAGCUCCAACAGUGACCCUAAACCCAAGCAGCCAAAUGGAAGCAAACACAAAUUGACAAAAGCAGCCUCCCUCCCUGGCAAGAACGGCAACCCCACUUUUGCUGCAGUCACAGCCGGGUAUGACAAGAGCCCAGGAGGGAAUGGCUUUGCUAAAGUUUCUUCAAACAAAACAGAUUUUUCCAGCAGCCUUGGCAUUUCACACACUCCUGUUGACAGCGACGGCUCAGACAGCUCGGGUCUGUGGAGUCCUGCCAGCAACCCCGGCAGCCCCGACUUCACUCCCCUCAAUUCAUUCUCAGCAUUCGGAAAUUCUUUUAACCUAACUGGUGAAGUUUUCAGCAAACUCGGGUUAUCUCGGUCGUGCAAUCAGGCCUCCCAGAGGGGCUGGAACGAGUUUAGUAGUGGCCCUUCCUACCUUUGGGACUCUCCAGCAACGGAUCCCAGCCCUUCCUGGCCAGCCAGCUCCGGUUCCCCGACCCACACGGCCUCUUCGAUCCUCGGCAACACCAGCAGCUUGUGGUCCACCACUCCAUUCUGCAACUCGAUCUGGUCCAGCAGCCUGAAUAGCACCCUGCCCUUCUCCACCGCAGCCACCACGCUGCCAAGCAUCGGCCUCAUGGGCACAGAGACCUCCUCUGCUCCUCAUGCUCCCUCCACCUCCAGUCCGGCCGAUGAUCUGGGGCAAACGUACAACCCGUGGCGGAUAUGGAGCCCCACAAUCGGAAGAAGAAGCUCUGACCCUUGGUCUAAUUCACACUUCCCUCAUGAGAAUUGAAAUUAGGCAAAAAAAAAAAAAAAGUGGGGGCCCCUCAUCUAGAUCAUGAUAUGCCAGUUUUUGAGACAUCUUUUAAGGCUGUUACUGCUGUAGCUUCCCACUCCCCACCCUCCUCAUCUUUGCAAAACAGAUUCAAGCAGGGCAGGCUCGUACCACUCGCUUCUUUCAGAUCUUUCUUGCAAUUACGAUAAUAUGAGAUUUGCUGUUGUGCUUUUAGGGAAAAGUCUGGACUCAGCCACAAACUCUAAUAAGGCCUGUACAUCUGAAAACCUUAACUGCUAUCAAGUUUCCACCACCUGUCUUCUUCCAUCCUUUAUUUAUCUGUAUGAACACAAAUUUGACAUUUACAGCUAAGGAAAUAAUUUGAGUUGAAUCAGAAGUCCUGGCAUGUGACAAUUUUAUUAAAUUACCAAGUUUGGUUUUUAAUAAUUUCACAAUAUUAUGCGCCAAGAUCUAAUUUUAAAAACAUAUGAGGACUUUGUGCUGAAAAAUACAGAGUAUUUUUUUAAAAUAAGGCUGUCUUGGUUUAAAAGCAGAUUACAGAAAUGUAAGUCAACUUUAAGAACAGUGAAUGAAUGUAAAAACAUUCGGUUGAGACCAUAUGCAUUUUCUGUGCUGUUUGUACUUGAGGUAUGUACCAUUUGUAUACCUGAAUUUAUUUUAAAGAUAAACUGAAAUGCACAUAGCCAAGUCUUGAAAUACAAGAUUGAAUGUGUAUUUCUUAAAAAUACAACUUUGUGUUGUACUUUGAAAUAAAUGAUGCUUUUUUCAAAAGCCUUGAA